AUGCCAGUCAAAAAGGAAGGUCCAUGGACGAUUGCCUUCAAAAUCCAGAGUAACAGUGGUGCACAUCCUUUGGAAUCCUUCGAAGAUACUGGGGUACAACAAGAAAGAAACUCUUCUUUCCCCUCAACUUGCGUGACUCUGGAUAAAGUAACCGGAUGUACUACCCCCUACCGAACAGGACUCGUUGACGAUUGGGAACAAAUAGGGGUGCAAGAAAUUCGUUUUGUAAUCACUGUUAACUCCACACUGACUCAAGAGAUCGUUUUUGACGGAUAUAAUUCGACUAACUUUGACUGGUUCUCCGGAAGUCGGGUCAAGUCGUCCACGUGGUCUGACGUCACAAACACACAGACGUACUUUUAUUUCUGUUUACCAGGUGAUCAAAGAGACGGUAGAGGCAGAGGCAUUUGCUGUACUUCUAAAGGCGGAGAAGUUGAAUUAAAAAUUUCCUUGCAUUACGUUGUCCUUUAA